AUGAGAGCUAGAUUGCAAGUCGCGUCGUGCCUCCGUUUGUGGAUUUUUUUGGUCACAUCGCCCCUGGAGUUGGAGUUGGGUAUCGCGGUGCUGGAAGUUGGUUCUCUGUGGUCGAUUGGUAGUGACGCUGCCAAUUUCUGUUCUGACCACCGAUUGGCAGCUGUCAAUUUCUGGCGUCGACAGCAGCAAGAGUGGAAGUUGUCGAUUUCUGGUGUCGGGAUUGCUGGUUGUGAUCACAGUGGAGGUAAUUUGGUGAUUAUUUGGGCCUUGUACUGGAGGACUAAUUUGAUGGAACUUCGUUCUGAUUACAAGGAUGCAUUUGUUGAAAAACAUGGAGUGAAGCUGGGACUUGCGUCUGGAUUUGUGAAAGCCGCUGUGAGUGCUCUCCAGAAUCAGCCAAUAGUUAAUGUCGUUAUUGACGGUGAUGAUAUCAUUUAUAGAGACUACGUAGAUAUCAGCAUAGCUGUUGGUAACCCGAAGGCAAGAUAUAUACUUCAUUUCACUUUCUUUACAAGAAAUCUUUAUAGAGGGAACUAA